ACUAGGACUUUGGAGACCAAGGUUCAAAUCCUUGUUCAGCCAUGGAAACCCACUAUGCGGCUUUGGGCAAGUCACACUCUCUCAGACCCAGAUGAAGAAACACCCCCCUCUGAAACACGCCAAGAAAAGCCCAUGAUAGAUUUGCCUUAGGGUCACCAUAAGUCAGAAACGAAACACAAGAAAGUACUGUAUCAGCUUGUAGCAAGAAGGAAGAGAAAACAACGAUUUUGAUGUGCCAAAAACAUCCUGGUAACAGUUUCCUUAAUUGUGCAAUAUGAUAAUGUGUAAAUUCUGAUAUUGUGGGUGUGGCACAGUACUAAUAAAAAUAAACUUCCUGAUAAGGUUGUACAUUCUGGAGAGUAUAUAGUUGUAGCUCAUAUCCUAGAUUCAACAUACGGUGGAAAGAGAAGGUGCUGGAAACAUUCUGUGCAAGCCUUCUUUUCCAGAGGUAGACCAAACUGGAAAAAUAGCAACUUGUGUUUACACUACAGGAAAGCUAACAUGAAGUUGACUUUUGAAGAACAAACAGAGGAGAUUGUGAAAGCAUUACUUUAUGAUUUUGAUGUUAGCGAUGAUGAAUCUGAAGCAACUUUUCGAGCCCUGCCUCUGAGAGGAGGAGGGAUUCCAGUUGUUUCAUUUGAAGGACAAAUCACCUUAAUCCCUAAGGAAAUUGCAGGUAGCUCUGAAAGCUCUUUUGAUGCAGAGGCUAUUGCCAGAAGACUACAGCACCUUGGAGAUCAGUAUAAUGCAGAUGUGGAGAGAUAUGUUGAGAAGAUCAUUGAAGAGAGGAGUAACUUGCUGGAGAAAUUCAAGGAAACAGCCGAAUUUCUCAGUCGGAAUUCCGGGUUGCAGUAUGAGCAUAGUUAUGUAAUUUUCUCUGUUAAUAUGUUUCGGUGUCUUGUACGGAAAGCUCGUGCUAUAGCCCAGUCAGAGUUACUUAUACGGGCAAUCAAUGAUAACCACGCAGUGAGAGACUACAUUGAAAGACAAGGUGGCUGGGAGAACUUUGAAAACAGAAGAGGACAAAACAAUCACUGAUUUUUCAUCUCUGAUGCAAGAUGCUUUGCUGAAAUUUGUUGCUUUAAUAAAAAUAGGGAUGGAGUAAGAUUCUGCAUGAGAAUUGUAUGGUGGGAAGGAGAGCAAAUCGCAAACAGGCUCCAAAUAGAUAAAAACAAGAACCAAAUUUAAAAAAACCAAUCAACCAGAAGGCAUCUGUAGGUAUUUACUAUUGCUAGCCAACCAUAAUACUGUAGAAAAGUGAUAGGAAGAAAACAGAUGGCAGCUAGAUCUCUCAAUGAUUUGCAUUACAAUGGUAAGGGUUUCUCAUUUCCACAUCUAAUAAUAGCAACAGUUUAAAAGCUUUUCUUCCCUAAAACAGGCUGUAUGGAGGGCACUUAUGGUUAGGAGAACUAAGUGUAGAUUUGUGUAUGUGUGAAAGGAUUUAUCUCCUUUGUUCCAAUAUUAAACACAAAUUUCUGA